GACGCGCCGGGCCGCGCGGGUCGGAGACUGCAGCUGCCCCGACCCUGGGACCCGGGUGCCUCGGUCCGUCUGUCUGUUGUCCCAGCCAUGGCUGCGCCGGCCCCCGUGCCACGGAUCCUCUUGCUGCUGCUGCUGCUACCGCCGCCCCCGGGUGCCCAUGGUGAGGUGUGUGUGGCUUCCCGUGGACAAAACCUCUUCCCUCAGUCCUGUCCUGAUUUCUGCUGUGGCAGCUGUUCUGACCAGUACUGCUGCUCUGACGUGCUGAAGAAGUUUGUGUGGAACGAGGAAAGUUGUGCUGUGUCUGAGGCCAGAGUGGCUGCUGACAUGGAGUCACAGGAGCAGCUAGAACAGCUGGGCCCAGCGCUGAGGUUUGGCAUGGAUAGCGAUCCCAUGUCAGGGUUUGGGGCAACUGUAGCCAUCGGCCUGACCAUCUUUGUGCUCUCUGUUGUCACCAUCAUCAUCUGCUUCACCUGCUCCUGCUGCUGUUUGUACAAGAUGUGCCGCCGACCACGUCCGGUUGUGAACACCACUACGACCACCACCGUGGUGCAUACCCCUUACCCGCAGCCUCCAAAUGUGCCACCCAGCUAUCCUGGGCCUACAUACCAGGGCUACCAUCCCAUGCCCCCCCAGCCAGGGAUGCCAGCAGCACCUUAUCCAACGCAGUACCCACCACCCUACCCUGCUCAGCCCAUGGGCCCACCGGCUUACCAUGAGACAUUGGCUGGAGGUGCAGCCAUGCCCUACCCUGUCAGCCAGCCUCCUUACAACCCUGCCUACAUGGACCCGCCGAAGGCAGUCCCCUGAACAAACUCCUGCAUCUCUAACUGCCACGUGAUGUGUGCGUGAAUGGGUAUGCUGGCACGGUUAUUUUCUCCCCGUGCAUGGUGUGUGUCUUGUGUGUACAGAGGCUUUUUGUGAUGCUGAUGAGGUGAACAAUCCUUGCUGGAGUUGCUAGAACCAUUCUUUGUUCUCUUCCUCCCUUGAAAUUAUGCUUCCUGAAAUCUCUUGCAAAAUUCAAGUUGCAUGGGAGCUCUCUUCCAGACCACCCCAGGAAGACCAGGUGGGACUUUGUCACACUAGACUAGCAUAACUUUUUGUGUCAAGAUGCACCUGUUCUGGUUUCAGCCAUUGCUCUAGGCCAUGGCUUGUUCCCAGGGGUACCCUUCAAAGAACCAGGGCCAUGAUGCAGCCAAAUGGGUGAGGCUUGGAUUCUGGUUAAGUCGAGUUUCCAUCCUUCAGCAGAUGACCCCAUAGCUCCUGGGGCUUGUGCCAUGCCCUGCGGAGGAUGGGGCUUCCUGGUAUCAGAACCUUAGGCAGAGUCCUGUCUACCCCUGAUAGCUGUCUGCUUGGACUGUCCUGCAUCCUCCAUGGGACCCCCUGGAGGGCCACAUUCACUCAUGGUUCUGGCUGCCCUGGCUGGCCCCAGUUCCAUCACAGGGCGGGCAGGGGCUCCUGUCCACCUACACUCAGGUGUCCUCCCUGCAGUAUUGUGUUUCACUCUUAGCCAAACAUUUUUAUUGUCUUCUGUUUCAAAAUAUGUGUGAUAUGCUGAGGGACUGAAAUCCCUAGGUCCUGGAUGGAGACUGGCCCACAGAAGAGGGACUGUCUGACUUCUGAUAGUCCGUUUUCCACCAACACCAGCCUCACACUGUAUCCAGCUCCUGUCCCCCAGUCUCGUUCAUCCUAGCAGCAGGACACUGGGCCAAGGGAUCAUCGUGACCAAAGGUGGAGGGGCCUCUAGGUGGCUGCUCUGGCCCAGACUCGAAUACCUCGGUGUUCCCUGCCCCUCUGUUCUCACUAGAUCGGUCUUAGCUUUGUAUCUGUUGAUAUGUUCCGAGAGUCUAGUGUUUAUAAACACCCUUGUUUAUAAUAAAUGCAAACAUUUGCAAUUGCUGCUCCUCCUCUUUAUAACCUUGACUGCUGGGGCUGAGUGUUAAGCUAGGUACCACUUCCACCCAUUGGAUGCCUGUGUUUUUCCUACUUUUAUUGGGGCCAGAAGUCUGAACAACCUGCCAGGAAGGAUGAGGGACAAACACUGUACCACCCUCCCCUCCCCAGGUCCCUGAGUGUGGGUAGAGGACCAGGAAGCUCCAAGGUUGCCGAAAAAAGUAGGAGGCAAGUACGCUGUGAUAAUAAUGCUAUGAGGGGUCUUUAUUAGUCAGACUUUCCUUCUUGACCUGCUACUCAGGUGUGGCCAGGAACAAUCCAUACAGCGUAGCUAGUGCCAAGGUCAGAAAGGCCAGCAGGCUCAGUGGGGCCAGCAGACUCUCCCUAGGUGGGGGUCCAGGGCCCUCCUUUGGAGGAAAGGCAUUGGGCCUCCUGCUGUUGCCAGAACUGGGACUGGAGUCCCUGGCUGUGGUCAGGGGUGCAGAGGUUACAGCAGCAUAUUGCCUUGGGAUGGUUUUGGCUGAGGCUAGCACCCCAUACAUGGGCUGCACGGUGCUGAAGGGCUUGGCAUGAGCAUCCACCCACUUCAGCAGGGCCUGUGGCCUCCACUGACAGAUGCUGAGCAGAGCUAGUACAUCACCCUCGGCCGUGUGUGAGUCUGGUGGGGCCUGCCCAUACAGGCGUGUAUAGAUGCUGCUUAGGCUGUAGCUCUUCCUUUCGCCGUGCUCUGAGGGGCUGCCAGCCUUCUCCAGGGCCUUCAGGGCGGCAAUGCUGUCCACACAGAAGGCACCAUCCAGAGCGCUGGUAAGGCCCAGAAAAGCCAGCUCCGCUUGGAGUAGGGGGAAGUCAUAGCGGUUACCAUUGUGUGCCACCAGGCACCAGGGCUGUGGUUGGCGCUGCAGGAAGGCUUGGAGCAUGUUGGCCAGGUCAGCAUUGAAGUGUUGACGCCCGUGUGCUGCUAGCAUAGCUGUGCUCAGUCCUGUGAUCUCGCUGGCCGCAGGGCUACAGGCCUUCCCUGGAGCCACACACAGGGAGAGCUUGUCCACCACACGGGGUGGCAGGGGCACAGUGGGAGGUGGCCCCUGACGGGUAGGAGGGCUCUCCAAGGCACAUCUGUGAAUAGCCAGCAGGCACAGCUCCGUGACUCUUGGCUGGGAAAAGGGUAGGCCAGUGGCCUCCAGGUCCAGGAAGAUGAGGGUCUGCAUGGGACCUGAGGGUAGGGUCUGGGAGCCCAUGGUGAGGCAGGUACCUGCCGCUGAACCUGGGGAGGAGCAUGGGGUGCAGAGUAGGUGUGAGUGUCUGAAUGGAAAGAUCUAAGGCAGGUGGGGUGGGCAGGAGCAUCUCUCUGACCGUCCCUGUGUAAGCAGACACGGUGAGCGCCAGGACCCAGAUUCAGUGCAGAAAGCCAGAGAGAGUGGGGUGGUUUCCUUAGUGGGACCAGUACACUCAACUAAGGGAGAGUUUGGCUCCUUCCCCAGCACCACCUAGUCUGGGGGUGGGGGGAGACUAUCCAUGCCAUCCAGUCUUGUCCCAUCCUCUUGGGGGUCCUUACUUACCAAUUAGCAGGCAGCAGCAGACUCUGGGCCCACGUUCUGGCUGGUUCCGGCUGCUGGCAGCAGUGGCGGGAAGUGAAACUCAGCUUGAGCCCGCCCACAGAUGGCGUCAUCAAGGCCCGCCCUGCUAGUCAGCCGGCCCGGUCUGUUCCUCUAGCCAACACCCUUCCCUCCCCAGCACACUACCCCUAUCCCUGGAGUCUUCUCAGAUCCACAGCUGUGGGCCUGCUGGCUGAAACAAUGUACCCAGGGCCCUCAAACCAGUGAGAGAGCAAGUGUGGAGGACAGGAGCAGCAGUGCCUAAACUAUCGGGGAAGGACAGCAUUCCAGCCCUUGCCAGGCCCACUGUGUGCCCAAAUCUUCCCAGGCCUCCGGGUUUUAGGCCUAGACUUAGGGCCACCUCCUUUCUUGCCUCACAUGGUUUCUUCCCAUGGCCUCAGCCCAAAGGGAUGACUCAGGACAAUUCCAGGCAGGGCAGGGCUCCUUCCUGGAGGCAGAUUUGUUACCAUGGGGAUUAGGUCUCUGGUCUACUCAGGAACAGGAAGGAGUCCAGCCUUCCCCUGGGUUCUGGUCCUGCUCCAUCCCUCCCACUCAGCCAAGGCAGAUCAGACUCAGGAAACACAAGCCCCAGGGCUUUUAAUCAGUUGAUAAGGUGAGGAAAGUAGUGGUGCUGGUGCCACCAUGUGGCUCAGCCACAGUCCAUCUCGGAGUCAUCCACAUCCGUCUCAGCAGCACAGAGGUCAUCCAGAGCUGCCUCUGAGCAAACAGAAGAGGGUUCUUUGGUGAAGACCCUAAGGUGCUGGGAACUGGGGGAGGUCCCACCUCUCCUCCCACAGGAACUAACCAGUCCCAUCCAGCCCAGGCUUUGCUCCCUCAGCUACUUGCAAGCAAAGUGAUACAAAGGCAAUCAGACAGGCAGGUUUCUGCAGGCAAAGGCUGUGGUGGAUGGGAGACUGCUGGCAUAAGGCCAAGAAGUUCAAGAAGUUUGACUUGUCUAUGAAGUUCAUGGACAAAACCCCCCAUGUGGGCCGGGGACAUGCUUACCUUCACAGUCUGUCACGUCAGGAAGCCCUCGAAUCAGCAUGCUGACCCCUGGCAUCACCUGGUCAUACUGAUGUAGGACCUCCACGCAGUGCACAGUGAAGAGCUUGUCCUUCUGGGACAGGCUGUGCAGCAAUAGCACUGUGUCCCGCAGACACCGCACAGUCCGCUUCUGCUGGUCAG